AUGGAUGCGCUGACGACGUUCGGCUCGCAUAGGCUCGUACACAUCGAUCUGAAAGGAGCACCACCUCGAGUCAGCUAUUUCGAAAAGCUAUUUCCAUUAUUGAGAUCAUGGGGAGCCACGGGCCUGCUGCUAGAGUGGGAAGAUACAUUUCCGUACAACAGAGAGCUCACCCAGAUUGGCAGCAACGCCCUGAGAAACCUGUCAAAUGGAUACUCUGUUCAGGAGGCACGUCAAAUUUUACAGAUAGCUGGGGACUCUGGCCUUACUGUCAUGCCCCUUGUUCAGACAUUUGGUCACAUGGAGUUUGUUUUGAAACACGAUGAGUGGAAAAACCUGAGGGAAGUGCCUUCUUUCCCCAGCUCUAUGUGUCCUUCAAAUCCAAGAUCUCAGCCUCUGGUCAAGGCUCUGAUUAGGCAAAUAGUAACGUUUCACCCGGAUAUUCAGUAUUUGCACAUUGGCGCGGAUGAAGUGUGGCAUUUAGGCUUGUGUCCAGUGUGUAUCAAGAGGGCAAGUGCCAGUAAACACGGGAAAGCCUCUCUGUUUCUAGAAUACGUUCUGUCGAUAGCACAAUUCAUCAAAGAAACUUAUCCAUUCCUCAAAAUUGUCAUGUGGGAUGAUAUGCUUAGGCCGAUGAGUAUACAGGUUUUAAAUGAACACUACAUUGGAAAAUAUGUAGAGCCGAUGAUCUGGCACUACAAUCCUCGAGAAAAUUUUUCCCUACCUCCAGAUAUUUGGGACAAAUACGGCUCGAUAUUUCCGCACAUAUGGGGCGCGACAGCCUACAAAGGAGCCACUGGCUCAUGUCAACACAUUCCCACUAUAAGGCACCACAUAAGCAAUCAUGAACGAUGGCUAGAGGAGUUGAGCGUAAACGUUGGCAAAAUCAACGAAUUUCGAGGAAUCGCCUUCACGGGAUGGUCAAGGUACGAUCAUUAUGCCACAAUGUGCGAGCUUUUGCCUACGGGAAUACCAUCGCUAGCUCUGUGUAUGAAAGUUUGGCUGUAUGGUUACACCGAACAGACGCACAAUCAAGUCGCAAAGAGUCUGGGCUACAUCGAACAUCCGUUGUACGUGACUCCGCAGCCGAGACCUAUUCCCAUACCGAACAAUUUGCUGUUCCCCGGCUGGCAGAUCGCCGUGGGCAUCGAGUGGUUUUUAAAUUACAAGACGAAAUUUCAUGGUCUUGUCUACAGCGAACAAAUACUCACGUGGAUGAACAAAUGGCAGGUGUCAAACAAUUACACCAACCCGAUGCAACUGGAAAGCUUGAUCCCGGCAUUUACCGACAUGUUAAUGGAACUCUCGGCUCUCGAGAAUUACAUGCGCGUGCAAAUGGAAAUGGUAUUUUAUACCUCGAUGCUUGACGAGUGGAUGGGAUCGAACGUCCAGCCGAUGGAACAAGAACUGACGAGGCUCAAGCAAACAGCCGAGAACCAAAUUAAAAUCAACAGCAGUAUAUAGGACUCGUAUUGAAAUUGUACCUGCGCCUGUAACGCGUGUACACUGUAAAUAAAUUAUCUGUUUAGCGUGUAGAUUAAAAGUACAAGUAACACCGAUGAUAAAAAUAUCGUCGUUAGUCUUGAUGAUACAUGACUGAGGAAAAAAAAAAAAUUAAAUUUAGAGGCUUAUUAGAUCUGUGUCAAUAAGUGUGAAA